AUGAGUCACUGCAUUGAUGAUGGUAUUUCCUCUGUACGGUUUGGCACAAUUGUUCUGAAUGAUGGUGGUUAUGACGCCCAGUACGACGUUAAAGUAGCGAGGAAACAUUUGCACCCUAACUUCACAGACGGUUACAAAGCAAAUGGUGAAUGGCUUUUUGCGAACGACAUUGCUCUACUGGAGUUGGAAAAGGAUUUGGAAUAUGGACCCAACGUACAACCGCUUCGAUUGCCUCAACAGGAUGUACCCACUCCAAUCAAUAAAACAGCCACGCUUACCGGCUGGGGAUACUUAGACGCAUUUUAUGACGAACCUCUUACCCUUCAGAAAGUAAACUUGACAGUUUACCCAUACAAUUACUGCGAUCGGUAUUUGAGCCCACCUUUUGACCCCGCUCAAAACUUAUGCGCAGGUGUUUCUGCUAAUGAUCAAGGCCAAUGCAGCGGAGACAGUGGUGGACCCUUGGUGGUUGACGCAGUGCAAGUUGGUAUAGUUUCGUGGUCAGUUAAACCCUGCAUCUCAGCGCCAGGAGUAUUCACAAGGGUAUCCCCUUUCCGAAACUGGAUAAGAGCUGUCUCUGGAAUCUAAAAUUUGAUAUAUGUAACUAAAAUGCGCAUAUUAUGAUAAAUGACCUUUUGAUAUUGUAUUUCAACAACAACUUGUUUAGAUAUCGUACCAAAUAUCGUGGUAAACUCAGUAUAUUACAUAUACUGCUGCACAACAGCAGAAAUCGGAUAAUAAAUGUGUUUGGAAUCUAGAAGUUGAUA